CUUUAUAGGUGAAAUUUUUUCGUUUUGGUCAAAUCUUAUUCAAUCUCGCCCGUAUGUUUGCAGUACAUCGUGAAAAGCUUUGUUCAGGACUGCGUUUUUUAAGGUCUGUAUUGAUCACGUGUGUGAUAAGCUUGAGUCGGAGCUACGAAAGGUGGACGUAAUUUCACCUUUUGAAGCGCUUAGCUUGAUUGAAUUAUCAAUUCACUGUUAAAGGACAUUUUCUGUAUUAACCACCGAGUAAUUCAUGGCCUAAUGAGCUGGUUACUAGAGUUAAUAGCGGCAAGCCCGGGUUCGAUUCCUGACCAGACUAAUACUCAGAGUCUUGAUAGUAACUGUGGAGAAAGUGCUGUCUAUAAUCCUUUGACAUCUGACUGGUUAGACCUUCUAGUCCUGUCUAAUAAGGACGAAAAACUGGAGACCCCAUUUCACAUUACUUUCACUAAUCAGUCUUUGUGGGACGCGAAUGAAGGUGUGAAAAAGAGGUGUAAAAAAUCUCUUAUAACAAGGGAGAGAUAACCUCUUGAUCCUCAUUUAGAAGCCGUAAUGACUACUUACUGCAACAGAACGUAAGUAUGCAUGGCAAGUAGUAAUGCACUACCAUUUCUCUCCAGAUAAACUCCAAAAGAAAGAACGGCCACCAGGAAAGUGAUGCUGGAUUUUUGAAACAAGGUGCAAUAAAUAGUUCCAAUUAUGGAAGCUCAAGAAAAACGUUGGGAACGAGGUUUGUUUUAACACCGGUACACAAAUAAAUACAUUUAAUGGAAUGGGUUCGAAAACUAUUGUACUUCCCUCAUGGCCCCUUUGGACAUAUUAAAAUUCAGCUUGAUAGCAAGUCUUAGAGGAAUUUUAGUAAAUCCAAAGUGGCUUAUUGCUAAACUGAUCAACUUUAAGGGAAAUGUCAGGGGAUUAAUUAACUCGAUCUUCCUAGAGGUAAAUAAACCUGGCAUGAUUUCAGAUCAACUGCGGUGAUCGCGUUAUUUUAGGAUUUAUCAUUUCAACAUGUCUCAUGUAAAACCAAGUCGUUCAACCCAUGCAGCAGUAAAACAAAUUAUUAACAGAACUCAAAGUUGCAUCUACUCUCAGCUCAAACAAAAAUAUUUCAGUAAUCUUUUGGGACACACACACAUAGGAACCAUCUCUGUAAUGUACGUUAUUACUUGGUGUUACGGAGUCGGAAUGUAUAAACGUGAACUGAAGUUAAUUUAAAAUCCUCUUUGUUGUUCUUUUAUAAAAGAUCUAGAUUUUGCUUUCAUCCUAUUUUACUUCGUUGAAAAAUUCGGUAUUUAUGUUUAGACCGAGAGAACCGUUCAUAAUGACCACGUCUUUGUGUGAAUCUGAUGUCUGCAAUGAAGGGUCGGACUGCACUGCAACACUCUAAUACACACACUAUUCCCUCUUAUGGUAGGGUAUGUUGUACAAUAAACUGAGGUGUACCCAAUACACAACUAUCUCUCUUCCAAAAAUGUCUUACCCUUCUUGUUGUGUUGUUUUAGGAGAGGCCCCAACCGACAGUUUGUUCCUCCAGUUUUAAAUAAUGAUCAAGACAAAGAUGGUGGAUUGGAAAGGUUAGUGCGGACUGAAUUACAGUUCCCGUGGGUUUUAGAUAACGUUUGCUUUUUAGUUAUCUGGGACUAGGACAAACCCCGCUAUAAUCAAUGUUUUCCAAUUGUAUAUAGAUUAGGCCUGAGUUCUCUGAUCAAUAAUAAUAAUAAUAAUAAUAAUGAAAAAUAAAAUCUUUAUUACAAAACCUCAAUUAAAAUCCUAUUUACAAUCAACCUGCUAUUACAAAAGAUCUAAUUAAUUCAUCAAAACACUAUCUACAAUUCCUUCAUUAGAGAUAAAAAACAAUCCUAUAUGUAAUAAGUGAAGAAAGAAAAAAAACUAUUCAUUUACAAAUUCUAAAAAAUAGAAGUAACUUAACCUUACAUAAAAGAAGAGGAAAUAGAUAUAAUCAAUAAUAAAAGUUCGAAAUUCUAUAAAAUUAAGAAUUCCAUUAUGCAGAGAUAUUAAGAUCGUACUAUCGAAUUAUACUAAUGACGGCUAAACCAGUGUCCAUAAAAAGCCCUAAGUAAAAGCAUAUAGACACGUUCAGAUAUCCGCACUAGCGGCAUUUAUUUUACAGUCUAAUUAUUGCUCUAUCUUGCUACGAAACGGCGUUCGCGAACCUCUGACGCAUGCAUGUACCGAUCUUAAGAGUUCAAACGAGAUCUGUGUCCUGAGCCAAGUGAUUACAACAUGAUAAGGCUCGGUGUCUUUCUGAGCUAUCUUGUCUGCGAGAUGCUUUAAGAACCGCUGACCAUUCCGCCACUGGUUCCAAACACUAAAGGCGUAAACGAAACCAUUUCUACAUCUAACACCCGCUGCUGGUACUUGCGCUUCUUCUCUUCUUCUUGCUCUUUGAACACUUCCGAUGUUGGCUUGCUCUGGUAACAUUUGGAGUUGACGUGCGUAACUCUAACAUCAAAAAAUGCCGUAACUCCUCUUGCCCAGAAACCUCCCG